AUGCAUCUCCGGGCGGUUCUGCUGUGUGCUCUCUGGUCUGCGGUGCCUGCUGAGAAUGCGGAUGACUAUGAGCUCAUGUAUGUGAAUUUGGACAACGAAAUAGACAAUGGACUCCAUCCCACAGAGGACCCCACGCCGUGCGACUGUCGCCAGGAGCACUCUGAAUGGGACAAGCUCUUCAUCAUGCUGGAGGACUCUCAGAUGCGCGAGGGCAUGCUGCUGCAGGCCACCGACGACCUCCUGCGUGGCGAGAUGCAGAGGUUGCGGGCGGAGCUGGGCCGGCUAGCGGGCAGCCUGGCGAGACCGUGUCCGCCUGCAGCCUCCGCGGAGACCCGGCUGGCCCGAGCGCUGGAGGAGCUGCUGCAGGCGAGCCGCGACGCUGGACGAAGGCUGGCGCGCCUGGAGGGCUCGGAGGCUCAGCGCCCAGGGCCGGCGGGGUGCGCCCUAGGAGCUGUGUUGGAGGAGCUGAGGAAGACGCGCGCUGACCUUCAAGCGCUGCAGGGCUGGGCUGCCAGGCGUUGGCUGCCCGCAGGUUGUGAAACAGCUAUUUUAUUCCCAAUGCGGUCCAAGAAGAUUUUUGGGAGUGUGUAUCCAGCUAUCCCAAUGAAGCUGCAGACUUUCAGUGCCUGCAUUUGGGUCAAAGCCACAGAUGUGCUAAACAAAACUGUACUUUUUUCCUAUGGCACCAAGAGGAACCCCUAUGAGAUCCAGCUGUACCUCAGCGCUCAGUCUGUAGUGUUGGUGGUGGGUGGCAAGGAGAACAAACUGGCCGCUGAAACCGUGGUUGCCCUGGGCAAGUGGGCCCAUCUGUGCAGCACCUGGAGCUCAGAGAAAGGGCUCGGGUCCCUAUGGGUGGAUGGUGAGCUGGUUGCCACCGCUGUAGACAUGGCCCUGGGGCACGUUGUCCCAGAGGGAGGAAUUCUGCAGAUCGGUCAGGAGAAGAACGGCUGCUGCGUGGGUGGAGGCUUUGAGGAAACCUUGGCCUUUUCUGGUCAACUCACAGGCUUUAAUAUCUGGGACCGAGCCCUCAGCAAGGAAGAGAUAAGAGAGGUUGGGGGAGCAGAGUCCUGUCACAUACGGGGCAACGUCGUUGGCUGGGGAGUCACGGAGAUUCAGCCCCAUGGAGGAGCUCAGUAUGUUUCCUAA